UGUUGACGUUGUCAGUCGCGAUCAGCUGUAGGUGUGACAGACUUAAAGAGGCAGAGAUGUUUUCCUUGUAGUUUUUGUUCUGUAUUUGUGUUGAGUGUCUAUUUCGUAUUGGAAAUCGAGAUGGAGCGAAGCAGCAACGAGAUAAACGCACAGCACGACCUGUACCUCCAGGAAAUCGAAGGCAUCGACGACUAUUGGGGACCCACUUUUAGGGCUAUCUACAAGAACGAUAAGCACGACGCGUUUGCAGAGAAAUUGGAGCAGAGGAUCAAGCAUCAUGAUAAGGAUAUCGAGAGGCUGUGCAAUGUCUACUAUCAGGGCUUCAUUGAGUCCAUACGAGAGUUGCUCGAGGUCAGGUCACAGGCAAAAAAGUUGAAUUCGGAAGUCUUAACUUUGGAUAAGAACCUACAUGUUGCUGCACAGGGUAUAUCCAAAUCUGGAGCUGAAUUAUUGCAGGCAAGGAAAGUGCAGAAUAAUAUAGUUGUGGUCAUAAGUCAAUUGAAUCUUUGUCUACCAGUCUUGACCACUUAUUCCAAAUUAAAGAAACAAAUUAUGGAUAAAAGAUAUUAUCCUGCCUUGAAGACGUUGGAGGAGUUGGAGCACACGCAUCUACCGCACGUCGCUAAUUACAGGUUUUCUUUGCAAUUGAGAGAAAGCAUCCCAAAAAUUCGUGAGAGCAUUGAAACUGCUUCUAUGUCGGAUCUGAAAGAUUUCUUGGAGAAUAUACGCAGAUAUUCACCGAAAAUUGGGGAAGUGGCUAUGAAACAUACUAACGAGCAAUUGGCAAGUGACCCGACGUUGGUUGGUAGAAAGAAGAAAAGGAUUAUUCCCAAUCCUGGUGAUGGUAUUUCGUCGAGUCAUUAUUCCGAAGAGGAUUUGAGCGCUCAAGAGAUGAUCGAUUUUUCGCCUAUUUAUCGUUGCCUGCAUAUUUCAACAGUUUUGGGCUCUAGGGCUACUUUCGAGACUUAUUAUAGAGCGGAAAGGACGAAGCAAGCUCGAUUGGUGCUGCAACCUCCAACGAAUAUGCACGAAUCCGAAGAGAGUUAUCGGCAAUACAUUUACGCAGUGCUGGGAUUUUUCAUUUUGGAGGAUCACGUUUUGAAUACCGGCAACGGUCUGAUCACUCGCGCUUUCCUCGACGAUAUGUGGACGAUGGCUUUGACGAAGAUCGUGGCCGCGCUUCAAACCAAUUCGUCUUACUGUACUGAUGCUACUCUGAUAUUGCGUAUCAAAGAUUUGAUCAUGCUCUUCUGCACGACGCUGAGGAAUUACGGGUAUACGGUGAAGCCUCUGUGGGAGCAACUCAGAGAGCUUCGGGAUCACUACACUGAGGUGCUGAUGCAGAGAUGGGUUCAGGUCUUCAGGGAAAUCUUGUCCAAAGAAGAUUUCCAAGUCGUUCAAGCUGGUAGUCAAGUCGAGUACGACGAUAUCGUUUCUUCGUUUCCGUUCGAGGAUGACAUUCCUGAUGAUAUCGUGUUUCCGUACGCGUUUCCCUUUUCCGGGAUGGUGCCGAAGAUCUACCAGCAGGUGAAGGAGUUCAUCUACGCGUGCCUGAAGUUCUCGGAAGAUCUGAAUCUGAGUCAAGUGGAAGUGGACGAGAUGAUUAGGAAGAGCAUGAAUUUGCUGUUAACCAGAAGCUUCAGCGGAUGCUUGUCGUCCACCUUCAGGAGCAACCACAUCAAUCUUCAGGAGAUCAUCCAGAUCAUAGUGGAUACUGGUUAUUUGGAGCAGGCCACCAUUUAUUUGGAUCAAUUCAUUUCGAACAUCACCGGGGAGGAAUCGCGCGGUGUGACAGCUGGAGUCGUUCAAGGUCAACCGGCAAUGUUCCGGGUGGCCAGAGAGGAUGCGGUGCGUCAGAUCUGCGAAAAGCUGAAGCAAAAGUUGAACGAGUUCAUCGAAUUGGAGUCGUACGAUUGGGUGUUGGUCGAGCCGCAGGGUCACGCCUCCAGUUUCAUCUCUGACAUCAUAGCAUUCCUUCAAACAACCUUCGUGAGCUUCACGAAUUUACCGCCGGAAGUUGCACAGAUCGCCUGCAAAUCUGCAUGCGCCCACAUAGCGAACUCUAUGAUGCUUCUGCUGCUCAACGAAGAUAUCAAGCAAAUCUCCAUGGGUUUUCUACACCAGGUCAACUUAGAUUUGCUGCAGUGCGAACAAUUUGCAGCUUCCGAACCGGUCAAAGGGUUGCAAGAGGACGUGCUUCUGUCGUACUUCGUGAAGCUGCGCGAAAUCUUGGAUCUGUUCACCUCUUGGGAUUGGCCCACGUAUUUCCAUGACUACGCCCAGGAAACAAGUAAAUAUAAGCAGGUUAAUCCGGACGUGGCCAUCGUGAUUUUGGAAAAGUUACGCGAGGGCGACAAGAAGAGCACUAUGUUCACGGUGCUUAAGAAGAGCGAGCGCGAUAAGAAGAAGUUGCAGGAGACGGUUCUUAAGCAGCUGAAGCAAUUGUCGCAGUUACCAUCAAAUUAACUUCUUCAGAUUGGACUGCAGGUACUUCCUGAGCACCGCGUCCGAGUGCUCGGCUUGAAGCUUCAGAUUGUAGGCAGAAUCGAUGGCCACCCAGCAGUUCUGGCACAAGUUCUCUGGCAGACCAUCCCCAAACAGAACCUGAAAUUAUAUUUAUUUAUUAUCUUAGUGUAAAUAGAAAUGCUGCUCUAUAUAUAUAUAUAUUUAAAUUA